CCCCUGCUCGCCUUUGAAGGCUCUGCUUCUUCGCGACCAAUGGCUGCUCCUAGUGUACUUCCAAACGAUCAAGCAUUUCGGUCAGGCCCCUUGGGACCUCUAAAAACUGGUAUCACUCCGGGCCCCUCUGGUCCUGUUUCUAUCUCUACUCCUGUCUUUCCUCCACCUCCACCAUAUCCACCCUCCUCUCUGCUUCCUCUAGGAGCCACUUGUCCAGUCUGCCACCGCGAUAUCCUUUCUAUGACAAAAUCCUCUUGUUCAGGCGUCUCAAGCAAGUUGAAAGACCCUAGUGGAGUACCAGGCCUUCCAUCACCUACUGGAACUUCUACCUCCCCUUUGGCUUCUGCUCCUGUAUCCCCUACUUUAGCCGCCUCGUCUCCCCUUGCCGUUUCUCCAUCUUCCUCACGACUAUCUAGCCCCAUUCCACCAGUACAGUGCGAUGCUGGCUGUCGGGCCUGGUAUCACCUAGCCUGUUCAGGCCUCACAUUAAAUGCUUUGUGCUUACUGCGGGCCGAGCCUCUGGCGGAGUGGCUAUGUCCCAGGUGUGCAAUGACUGGAAGGACACUUUAUCUAAAGGCAUCGGCCUGA